UUGUAUUAAUUGAUGCUACAAAAAUGUUUGAUAGUGAUUUGAAUGUUAACGAUAUUUUGAGGAUGGAUUUAAUGCCAACGUAUUUUAUUCAAGAAAUUAAUGAAGAUGGUAGAACUAACGUUAGUGACGUGGUAAAGGAGGAUCAUAAUAAUAUGUUUCCGUCAGUGAAUGGAUCUAUAGACGCGGCGCUCUCCACUUUGUCUUUUCACAGGAAAAUGAUGAACGAAUACCAAUGCCGCAAUUUCGUAGCUGAGCAGAUAUUAGAGGAGAUGGGCAAACCCGCCCUACAGGACCGUAUGGGGGCGCCGUUCACGCCCAGCGCCCCCCAUAUUAGCGCCCCCCGGCCCAGCGCCUCCUGGCUCAGCGCCCCCGGGCUGAUGCAGGAUAAGCGGAGUCACGCCGACAUUAUGCACGACGUGGGCUCUACUAGCUACCAGGACUGGCUGGCCAAAGUGACAGCCCUAAACGACGUGUACCAGCACUUCAACGCCGCGUCUCCUGGCCGCCCCUCGUCCCCUGGUAACUCCAGCGCGGCGGCGGCGCCGGCGGCACCAGGCGCGCAGGACCGCGACGGUGCCUACGACGUCUAUGAAGGCACGUAUCCAGGAGGCGGCUACGAGUACCACAUGCCGCCCCCGCCACCUCCCCUGUACCACCCCCCCGCAGCCCACGACGACGCGUACGAGCAGAAGUAUGAACACCACGUUCACGAGCACGACGACCACCACGGCUCGGGACUGUCGGAUCUGUUUGAUAUCUCGCUGACGGGGAUAGCGUUCCUGAGCUUCGGCAUGUUUGUGCUGCAAGUUUGCAUGUGUAUUACUAUGAGCCACGAACAACCUCAAGUGAUGAUUGACAACGGAAAUGACGAGAUGAACGUAGAAGAAGUGAUCCGUUUCAAACGAAACGCUUUCGGAGAGCCCAAUACUUACCCUGGCCCAAGAAGUCCGAACUACUAUUCGGAUCCCGAAACUCCUUUUCCGAAGCGCCGUAAAAAGAGAGCUACAAGUCUCUCAGACUUCUCUCUGACAACUCUGAAUUCUCUGUCUCGAUACGCUCUGUUGGCUCUGAAGCCCACGACUCUGCCGUGUCUGUACCGCGCGCUGUGUCUGGGGAACCAACGGGCGAGGAACCUGAACGAUAGCAGCAGAUAUUGGCUACCGGUUUGGCAUGUGGGCGUGUCGUGGGCGCGGGGCGGCGCGUUCGGCGCGCUGCGGGCGGCCGCGCUGGGGCUGGGCGGCGCACGCUGCCACCGGCUGUUCCCCGCUGCUGAGUGCUCCGAGUCAUCAUGA